AUGUCUGUGCCUGAAAUUCUAGCGAAAAUUCAGGGGCUUGCUGCCGCAGAGGCGGCUGGGGAAAAAAAUGCUCAUGCAGAGCUGCUGAAAGCGAUCCGUGAAUUGCAGCUAGCGGCCGAGACACCUCUCGAAACAACGUCGCGAAUGAAUUUCCAAAUCAUGCAAAAUAUUUCUAUUCGAGUCGCUGUCGAAAAUCGAUUUCUUCACGUUAUCGCGGCAAGAAAUGGGGCACCUAUCUCCGCGACAGACAUAGCUCGUGAAACAGCUUCGGAUAUUCUCUUGACAAUUCGAGUUCUACGCGUAUUGACGGCCAUCGGGCUUUGUGACGAAAUUGACAACCAGCUGUAUGCUGCCAACGAGAGCACUCACUUCAAGAUUCUGCCUGGGUCAAUUGCAGCCGAGAAGCAUCACUUCGAUUUGGAUUUUGGAAUGGGCGGAAAAUUAGUCGAAUACAUGCGAGGUCCUGGAAUCCAACAGUUUGCAGACGAGCCCGAUGCUGUUACUCUGUUCAAAUACGCACACGGGACGGAUGUUAUUUUUGGCCUAUUAGAGAAGAACACUGAACAAAAACAAGCUUUUGAUGACUACAUGGCUGCCCGGCGAGUGGGUGAUAUGCCUCAGUGGUUUGAGAUCUAUCCAGUCGCAAACAAGUUGGGUGAGCUUCGCCAAGAGCCUGAUGCGGCUCUUAUGGUCGACGUGGGUGGAGGCCCUGGACAAGAGCUUGUGCGAUUUAAGCAAAAGCAUCCUGAAAUUCCCGGUCGGUUUGUUCUACAAGACCUUCCGCUGACACUGAAGCGCAUUGGGAAAAUGCCCGAUGGGAUCGAGACCAUGGAAUAUGACUUUUUCACUCCACAAUCUAUCAAAGGCUCGCGGCUGUACUUCCUUCGUGACGUGUUACACAACUGGUCUGAUAUUAAGAGUGCCCAGAUCUUGUCUCGAGUUGUCGAAGCAAUGGAUCCCGAGUAUUCAACACUUUUGAUUGAUGACUAUGUGCUGCCAGAUACUGGUGCAGACCUCCGAGCGGCAGAGAUGGAUAUUUUGAUGUGGCUCCACACGGCAGGGUUGGAGAGAACGGUGUCUCAGUGGAAAAACCUGUUUGAUAAGGUUGGUCUAGAACUCAUUAAAAUCUGGAGUUCCCCAGGAGGAAAUGAGUCCGUACUAGAGACAAGAGUGUGUCGCAAGUGA